AUGGAGUGUCUAGCGCUGGCGCCUCUGAGAUUUACCAUUUGGUCUUCUGAUUUUCGGUUGAUUCGAACCAAUUUGCUUGUGAAUGCUCAUCCCAAAACCACUGUUAAGAGAUUGCUGCAAUACGUGCAUUCACAACUGGUUGCAGAAUUGGAAGCUAGUGGAAAUGCUGACAACGGACAAUUAGAAGGUGUUGAGGCGUACACACUCCACUACAGAUCACAGGAAUUGUUGUUGAAUACAUUUCUGCAGGACGUGGAACCCAUGCAUGGUCAGGGUUUUAUUAGAUUAAGGUUUGAAAGGAAGAGCAGUCGCUCUGGGAGUGCAGAGAAUUUAGAAUAUGAUAGGGAUACAGAUUUCUCGACCACAAAUCUAGAGAUCAACGUAAAUGCUCUUUCAGUUGACAAAGUCAUGUCUAUUUAUGAGCCCAACGUUGCAAUGGGGAUCACGAUGGCUAGGCUGAAGAAACUUGUGUUGAAGGGAGUUUACGAUUACGAAAUGAAAGAUAGUAAGAAUCUAUGUGGGCUGAAAGAGAGUCAUGCAGUUUCGGACCUGGCAGGGUUCAUAAUCAAAGGGAAACAAAGUCCUGUCAGUUUGAUUGCUGGGGAAGGGUCAGAAUUGCAGGACGAUUUAACAUUAUCAGAGCUUUUGGGAUACGAUUUUGCUCCCGAGAAAGCUAGUCAUUUCACUGUAAUGUUCAAGAUCCGGCAUAACGUUGAGAGUAGCGACGGAGAGGAUUCAAUAGUACUUCAAUUUGUCUCGGAUGCUACUCUUUCUGUCAACGAAAUGACGGUGACACCGGACACCACCGUUGAGCAUGUCAAAGAGUUUAUUUGCUCGGUGUAUGCGCAUGCUUUACGUCUGUCGACAAAUGACAUCAAGCUGAUCUACAAAGGUCAAUUAGUUCACAUGACUGAUUUUGCUGGAAACCCUGCCAAGAUGAUGAGCUAUAUCAACGAACCAGGCAGAGCCAAUAUCCACGUUCAUAUCAAUCAAGAGUUUAAUGAACCCGGCCCUGGAUUCUGGAGUGAACUUUUUAGUCACCGUGAGACUUUAGAAGGGACGAGGACAGAGGCGGUUGACGUGGCUGCACAUUCUAUGCAACCAUCAUCCUCCGUACGGUCGCAGACGCAUCCCACCAAUCCAUCCCCAAUUGUCGCUGCCGGUAAACGCCAGUACAAAUACGUUACCUCCUCUGGAGUGCCUGUGCAACUGACGGAGGAACGUUUCGUAAAAUGCAUGCUCAACGAUGAGCAAAUCCUUGUACCUGCCAAUAACUUGGAUCCUUUCAAAAUCCAAUUGCAAGUGGCGGGGCACACCAUCUCGCUAUCUUCAAUUGACUGCAUAGUUGAGGACGGGUUCGUGAAAUUGUCCCAUAGUGCGAUAGCUAGGUUGGAAUCUAAAAUGCAAUGCUCGAUAGUGAAAAACAGUUAUGCCAUGCAAGAGGUAAACGUUAACUACAUUGGCGCCAAUGGUGAUGACUCGAUUCAACAAAAUCGCUGGAACCCGAUAACGUACUUGAGGGACAGUUUACCUGCUGCAUUACUAGUGUUCCGGACCAUAUACUUGAUUGGUAACUACUCCAUUAUCCCAAUUUUCUUCCUAUCGAGAUUGUCACCACUCGUGGAACGGAAAUACAUUUUUCUGAUCUCAGUACUGUACGUUCUACGAGGUAUUUGGACUACUCGUGAAAUUUGGGAUAUGUGGUCUGCCUAUUUGAACUUGAGUGUCAUUAACGAGGACACAUAUGUGGAGAUAAAGAACUACAUAACUUCGGGAUCUUCGACUCGCCAAUUCUAUCAGGACUGCAAAAAUUCUACUGCAGUGACAGAUAUCUUCAUGGCGGCCAACCUUCGCGAGGCAAGAUCCAAUCUCUUUGCAGCCCACGAUAUUCAUGGUUUCGAAGGCGACAGCACAGCGGCGCUUAACGACCUGUUCCAAAAAAUCCACGACAAUGAGUUACCUAAGGAACCCAUGGAUGCCUUUGUUCUCAGCUGCUUGAAUCUCUACGGCACCAACAGAAACACAAUCUCUUCACCAUAUCGAGAAUCCCUCCAUGAAUUACUGUUGAUUGCACAUAGAGACAUGGAGAGAAACCGUCCAUCGCAUGAACUUCCCUGGUACAAGCACGUCCUACACACCAUGAAGAACCAAAUUGAAAGAUUGAGAGAAUUACAGGUGACUACAAAGAUCACUGAACGAGUCAUCCCAGAUCCAGCCCACGAUUCCAUUCCCAUGGCCAUACUGAAAAACGUCAUCCUCUUCUUUCUGAUCAUAUUUCCACCAGUCAAGAACCACGUAGAUGUCAUCAUACGCGAGCGGGCCAGCCGUAUCAAUCAACUGGACCAACCACAAGAAGAACAAGCUGAGCCUGAACUCAUCCAAGAAUUACCAGCGAACGCAUCAGGUGUCCAAAGACACCGAAACGAGCAGGACGAUUAG